GCUUGCAGGCGUCGUGCCCGCGACAUCUCCCGGGGGCGUCGCAGAGUGCACCGGAAAACUUGCCCUUGCACAGCAUAGCCAGAAUACUUUACUCGCGUGGAAAAACUUCACCAAUUGCAUACUUGCGACCUUUUCCCAUUUAUUUAUUUUUUAAAGUUGCCGAGUCUUUCCCGCUUCUUUGCAAAUGCUCCAGAAGAGUGCCGUUUAUAUAUGUAUUUCAUUUUAACCGCAUUCCUCUAUCCCUUGGUGUAUUCCAAAGGGAAAAGGAAGAUGUUUCCAGUGUCCCGUUUCAGAUCUCGUGAAAAAAAAAAAAGCUGGCCCGUGGGCAAAACUGUUGGCUCGAUGUUGCUUCCUCUUUUUCCAAUGAUUAAUGCUUCUCAUUAACGGGAGGAGAACUGGCAGAACCAGCUUAAAGAAAAAAAUACUGACCUGACCACAAGAAAGGGUUAUUUUCCAGCACUGCAGGUGUACACAGUGUUUUACUGAGCAGCGAAGGAGCCCCAGCCCCAAAUAUCCAGCAGCCUUCUGGAUCUGGUCCCGCUGGUGAGGUUUGACUCCCCAUAAGACCGGCAGAGCGUGAGCACACUGCCUGGGUUGGGCUUCAUGUCCCCUAAAUUUCCGUUUGUGCAAUCACCAAGAUUAUAAGCAAUGAAAAUGGAAAGGGAAAUGACUGUUUCAACUUUCUAAUGUAUUGUGUAUAAACCCCACAAUAGACACACAUCCCUGAUGAGGACAGUGCAUUUUUUGCUUUCAAGUGCAGGCUGCAAUGGGAAACGAAAGUAUUCAGAUGAUGGCUGGUUGCUUCUUGCAAGGAGCGCUUUGACCAAAGGUGCUCCUGCUCUAAAAACAAUAGUUUAGCACGGGGCUGAGCAACGUAAGGCUCUUGAAUCACUUGCAGUCUGCGAAGAGCUGAAGUGUCAGCACUGUUGAUGUGGCUGGUGGAAGGACCAUGUUAGCGAGGGAAGGGCUGGUUAGCUGGAACCGCUCACUGGGAGGAUUUGAGGUAGCCGUGGGAGAUGCUGAAGGUUGCGCUGGCUCUUGGCUGGAUGCUGAGUUGACCGAUCCCGCUCCAGUGUGGAGUAGCAGGACCAGGGGAAGCCGCUGUUCCUCCUGCCUGGGAGUUGUGUCUAAAGCUGCUGCUCCUUCUGGCUGGCUGAGGGAUGUGAGGGAGGUCCGGCAGCUCCAAGGUCAGUGCUGGCCUUGCAGAGCUGGCUGGUUUCGGGAGAGUGGCCUAUUGCUCCUCUAGCGUCUGUGUGAACCAUGCGUGGAACACAGUGCUUUCUGGGCCGGUUUAUGGGAGGCUGUCAUUGUGAGCCUUACUGGCCACUGGUAGAAAUUACUUGCACUUUUCUUUCACAGUUUAAGGCGAAGGAUUAUUCUGAGGGUAAUACCUGUCUUCAAAUAUUAAGGACAAAAGCAAGGACUUGUCUGAAACCUUAUUUUUGAUGUACUGAGGCGAGGUCAGUCUUACUGGGAUGGGAUGUGAGCAGGCUGUUUGAUUGUAUUCCUUGCUGGAAAGUGAUGGACUUACCUGAAAUGGGUAGGAUUGUCCAUGAACACUGCAAGAGGACCCUGAAGUGGGAGAUCUCCUCUGCUGCAGAGGCUGGCUUUGUGAUCAGGGGGCCACAAGCAUUGCAGCGAGUGGAAGUUGCUGCUCUGAGUCAGGAAUCAGAAUAAAGAAUGUAUAUUGAGCGAAAAAAUUACAAGCCCGGGCAAGAGGGGUCUUUGAUCUUUUAUAAAGAGUACCAUGUAUACCAUGUAUACUUUAUCCUUUUGGUGGUGGGUUUUUGUUGUUGUUGUUUUUUUGGUUUUGUUUUUGGUUUUUUUUAGUAUUCUUUUUUUCCUGUUGGAACUUCUGUCUCAUGCUGAUUCUCAAACGAAGCUGUGUUUUUUUGAGUUUUUCCCCCAUGUCCAUUUGUGCAAAAGAAGUACGUGCUUUUACCUGUCUUUUUUACUCUUAAUUUGCUGUUAGCAGAGCCUUUCUGUUGCUGGUUUGCUACUAACCAUUUCCAGAGCUCUUUUAAUAAUGCCUAAUAUUGACGACAUUUUUGGAGUAGCAUAUUUAAAAUUGUUAUUGCCAAUCCAGUGUUGUUGGCAUGCGUGUGAAUGGAGGGACUAAACAUAGUCCCAAAGACAAAAUGUUUUUGAGUUUUUUUGCUUGACAAUCAAAUAAUAAUACUGUAGAUUAAUUGGGGGACCUCCAGAAGGAAGAAAUAAGCUUCUCAAACGUGAUCUGAAGAUACAAGGCUGUAAGAAGUAAUGACUCUUGCUCCCAGUGGUGUGAGGGCAGGUGGGAAUUUUUGGUGCCUGCUUUGUAUUGGGAUAGUCUGUAUCUGAGACCUGCGAACAACUGGUUUUCCUAAGAAAGCCAAAACAAGCAAACAUCACUUUUAUUCUUCAGUUUGGAUUGCAGUUUUCUGGCAUUUUAAGAAAUCGGGAGUCAGUUGGACAGGCAUCUGGGUGUGCUUGGCUUGUCUUCUCGAAUCAGUGUUUGGUUCUGUGAUCUGGGCUCUCACCUGAGUACAAGUCCUUCAGUCCCAAGGGCUGAGAGCAGCUUGGGGUACAGGCAUAUCCGGUGUCAGGGGUUCGGCGUGUGCAGUAUCAGCUGGCAUCGGGAAAGCAGCAGAAUUCCUCCUGGCCUGCCACUGGGCAGCCCUGCCGUGGGAUGCUGGCUUUGCUGCUCUGCAUCUCGCCCCUUGCUGUCGUGUUUGUGGCUCUUCUGUUCUCCUUGUGACCUCUUCUCUGCUACUGAAAGUGUUCUUAAAUAAAGCUUCUAGACCAAUGAUCCUUCUAAAGCUGUGUAGUGAAAUGUUGCUUUUCAGGAAUCCCUGCUAAUUAAACUUGUCCAUGCAAGUGGAUUCCACUAGCAAGCCCACCCUCCCAAAGGAACAGCAGAGAGGACAAGGUGAGAGACAGGUUUGUAACCCUGUGUUUAACCUUCGAGGAAGGUGAGGGAAAAAUGCUUCAGAAAGGGAGGAGGUUUACAGGUAAAAGAAGCCAAACAAAGACUGAUGGAAGACACAAAGAAGUCCUGUGGCUUCUUUGGAGGGUGUCAGCAACCAAGGUGGAUGAAGAAGAAACCUGGUAAGGAGGGCAACACAAGCAUUCCAUGUUAGAGAAGUUUUUCUGUAAAAUUCCCACCACGUGAUAGGCACUACAUUACUAAUAGAAAAGGCUAUGAGGAUUGAGAGCAAGGAGGGAAAAAAAGCAGAGGCGAACGGGGUAAAUGUUGACUUGUCAUCUAGAGUGACACAGUGUGGGUUUUCAGAGGUCUAGUCACUGUCCUCACCAUGUAGACUUCGGACUUCAGCUAGUCAGUGAAGGUGGUACGAGCACUGUCAAUUUUCCUCCUUUCAUCCCAAACCCUGCAAAUAAUAGCAAGAACCUCUGUUUCUGCUGAGAGACAGUCAAGCAAUUAAAAAUACUGACACUUAAACUUUCUUGUUGUGCACCCUGGUCGUUGGUCCACUUGUGUGAGCAGGACAGCUCGUAUCUGUGAGAGCUGUCAUUCAAAGGCCUCCUCACUCUGCAAGGCAGGCAGCACACUGGUGUUUCAGACUCGGAACAGUUCCUCUGCAGUCAGAAGGUAAAAACAUUAUACAUAUAAUUUAAGGUCUGAGCAGCAGAAACUGGCAGCCUCCAGAGAGCUCAGUAAUGCGUACUGCAGAAGGCUGUUCCAAUGCAGUCCCUCGGUCCCGGACAGCCAUCAAUAAGGGGCCCAUCAGAAGGGUAUCUGUAAGAAAAGUCAUCCAAAUUGAGCACGCCCUGAUAAAUGGCUUAGUUUCUCUGCCCCUUUUCUUCUCCCCUCCUGAGGCUCUGGCUUUGCAGCCAGGCUAGUUUUACACUGAGUGUAGUGACUUGUCCCAGAGAAGGAUCUGCAAGUGUUGGCGUUGAGCCUUGCCGGGACUGUCACUGCCAGGGGCUCCGCCAGACCUGUGCCACUGUCAAUUGGGGGCCAGCUUUUGCUGGUGAACGCUUGAGCGUGGGUACUGGGGAUGAUGCAUGAGCACUGAGUUGUGAAAGUGAAUGGGAGGUGAUAUGGGGGGUUACCUCAUGCAGCAGCUCUGGAAUUGCUUUAAUUAGCUACCCAUGAGAGCCAGUGGUGCUCCCACCUUGCACAGCAAGAGCUGAUGCUCUGAGCAUUUUGUCCAGGUGCCCCAGCCAGGUUGUCCCUGCGUGCUGGGAGUGCUGGCCACAGGCUCCUGAGUGUGGGUCUGGGUGCUGUGGACACACAGCGCCCGUGGCCCCACAGACUUGCUACAGUGUUAGAGGCUGGUAAUUGGAGCUGGUGUCGGGACAUCAGCUGUUUCCAGGCUGAUAACUGAUGUAAAAUAUUGCCCAGUACAUUCCUUUUUAGUACAAUGAAGCUUUAGUUUGAGAAUGUAUCAUAUAAACUGUAUCACAAUAUCCUGAGUGGGGUUAAAUGUGGUUCUUCAACUGCAGACUCAAACAGCUGAACAGACUACAUGUACACAGCAUCUUCCUUGAAAGGUGUUAUAAAUUUGGUUUGGAUUACCUUUCCACUCCUGGCAUGUUCCUCUUUACACCUUUCGUUUGGAUACACCUUGACUUGGUUGUGUCUGUGUAUAUCAGGAGGUUUUGCUGUUUGGUUGUUUUUUGGUUUUUAAUUUCUUCUGAGACUGCUGGAAUACUUCACGUGGCCUGCUGCUUUCUUUAAAUUGGAGACUUUUUGCUUGGAAAGGCUAAUGUGAAUGCUAAAUAUGCCACAGUUUGCAGAGUCUAGUCCUUUUAUCCCUUCAGAGGAAAUUAGUGAAAACACUUGGAAACUGACUGAAGGAAAAAUCAAUACCAUUGAGACAUGAACAUAGUUUUGUGAACAAUAAAAUACCUUCUAGAGUUGUCAUGUGUAACACACCUAGGCAUGCAGAUUGUCUUUUUUGAGCUCAAAUGAGAUCAAUAAACUUCUGAAGAAUAGAAGCUUUUUAAUUACUGGAUUUCUCUUUCCUUCAUGACUGGGAAGAGAACUUACUUACGUAUGAUAUGCAUGUAAGUUGCUUUCUUCCUUGAGAAAUUUUUUGUAAAUCGUGUAUGUGGUGACGGGCCGCUGGAUGGGUGCAGCGGUACCUGACCCUCCGUGCAGAAUCCCACCAGCUAGCGCUGCAUUGCUCUUGGAAAGGCAGUACCUCCAUGAGGAUGGAUCCACUUACAGUGUCUCCUGGAUGUGUUAAGAGCUAGUACCACGUAAAUCAGAUGCUAACAUACGUUCUUAAGGUCUGAUGGACUUAACUCUGGUGACUGGUUGGUUUUGUUGGGGUUUUUUGUGGGCUUUUUUGGGGUUGUUUUUGGUUGAUUUGUUUGCAUUGGUUUGGGGUUUGUUUGUUUGGGGUUUUUUUGUGGAUUUUUUUGGUGUGUUUUGGGUUUGUGUGGGGUUUUUUUGUUUGUUUGUUUUUAGUUGUUUUGUUGUUUUUUUUUUUUUUUUUUAAACUAGGUCUCAUUCUGUAGUCAGGUGUUGAAAUGUUGCUUUUGAAUUCUUUUGGGGUAGUCAGUGAACUUUCGUAGUCCCUCGGUGACUUGCAUACAUGAAGUCACUGUGACAUGCUCCCUCUUCUUCUGGAACUUGAAUCAAAUGAGUUCUUGGGCUCUUUCCAUACUUCUGCUAAUCAGCAUUUUAAAAAUGUCUGUAGUAUAGAAGACCAGGUAUUUCUGUGGAACCCAAUGCCUUUAUGUAGAAGAUGCACUUGAGGAGCAGGGGUUGAAAGACCAGAAGUGCUUUGCCCCUUCUGGAAAUUUUUUUGUAGUUAGCUGAGUUAGGAUAUACGAGAUCUGACCACCCCGCUUUCUGUGUGGAAGGGAACGUGCAGAUCAAAUGGUGGUGAAUUCAGCACACGGAUAUCUGAUUUCUUGGCAGAUCUGACACUGGGAGUAUCUGGACUGCUGCCUGCCGAGGGAAAAGGGGGUCGUUGUGACCCAUGCUCAACCAGUACUCAUCCAAGCGGUGUAACAUGAGCCCCUAACCUGUAGACAGAUUUACCAGCCCUGAAUAAUGUCUGUUGUACUGUGAGAUCUUAUCUCCCUAAUGGCCUGCAAGAGGGUACAAAUGAGGAGAAAUAAAUAUGUCUCUUGCUUUUGCUUCCUCUGCAUUUUGUGGGACAGUUGAUUUGUCUUGUUCUGCCUGGGGUGUUUGUUAGUGCUUUUAAAGGACUGAGCUAGUUUGUUAGAAUUUUGGGAGCAAAUGAAAAUAUUAUUUGCUCCUACCUGCUCGUUUACCCCCACAAAUAUUUCCCUUAUUGCUGAACAAAUGAAGAGAAAGGAGCCACUUGUAAGCCCAAGUAGAGUGAAACCACUGUAACAGACAUAGAGGAACCAUCAUGUAACAUCUCCCAACAGAAAUCAACAGGCACCAACUAGACAGGUGGUACCAAAGCAGGAUUCGUCUUUAUUUGGUGUCUGUACCCACAAAUCCCAUCUGAAUGAGGAUCCCCCUGCAGCUGAGACUACCUUCCUACAGGUGUUUGUGCCACAGAGCCCUUACUAUUUGGUGUUUGAUUCCUGAAGCUUUUGAGUUGGGUGGUGGGAAGGGGCAUUGCUCAGCAGCCAGGUGCCUUCUGGAAGUCCAGAGGUCGCUUGGAGGGAUGUCGUAUGACUGUAUCAAGGGUGAAGUUGUGCUUUUUAUGUGCCGGAAUUUAAGGACAGUCUUACAAAAAUCACAGUGUAUAUAAAAGCAGACCAGCGUUUGGCUGUCACCAUUAAGUGUGCUGUUGGCUUUGUGCAGGAAAAGGGUGUUCUGGUGAAAUUCAUGGAGCUUUCUGACUCCAUGGGGCAGUUUGAAUUUCACGCGUAGCUUGGCCGUGUGUUCAAGCCUGUCCGUUCUGUCCGUCCAUCCCUUCUAACACCACUAAACAUUUAACAGUGGAAGAAAAAGGCAGAAUACUGCAGGUAGCCUUUUGUAUUUUUACUAGGAAAAAAAAAAAAAAAAGUCAAAGCUAGAACUUCUAGAAGAGUGUUGAGUGAAAGGCCAUCUCAUUAAAAGAUGGAUGUGCUCUCCAGAGGGUCUAAUUUAGACACUGAGGAAAUAUACGUGGAGCUGAUUGCUGGCUGGGUGCCAGUCACUGAAGGGCACCGGAGGCUGAAAUGCCAGGCAGUGCUGGUAGUGCUGGCACUUCAGCCCGUGACGGUUGGGUUGCAUGAAUUAUCUCUCUGCCUUCCAGCUAAUUUUAUCCUGUUGGUUUUUCAUGAAUCAUUUCCCAUCUCUGGGGGUUAGAAAUUAAAGUGGAAGUUUGCUAGCCAGAAUAGCCACAUCUGCUAUUUAGAAAGUAGUGUCUGGGGUUUGCUUCCUGCCCACCCCCACGCCUUCCCUUCUCUUUCCCUUUUUACCUCCGUCAGUUUCAAAUAUGUGAAUCACCGGUGUCGCUCACCCACGGAGGUUUUUAGGCUGACCAGCCUGCGCAAGUGUGUGCCCUGUGCCGUGUGACGGGUCCCAGGCGCACAGCGAGGCUGUGGGGACCUGACUGGGGCGCCUUGAAUUUCCUGCUCCUGUCUUAUAAAGCAUUAAAGGCACUCCAGCAUCUUUUCCCUCUCCCAGCACAGCAGAAGAGUGGGAGCACUGCGGUGGCCCAGCCUGCUGAGCGCUUCCUCACUCCAGCCUUUUUGCUUGUCUGCAGAGGGAAGUAGGAGGUCGUUCAGGCAGUAAAUUCACAUCUCUGCUUUCUAGAAGAGUGAUGAAAAACUUGACUUUUCCAGACCCAAACAUAGCUUCCCUUUGUUGAGUUGUGUGUGCUUGCUUGCGAUCAAGGCUGCCAUCUGGGCCAGCGGCAAGGAAAGGAUAAGCUGAUUGUCCAGAAGUUGAGCUCCAUAAGCAGGGAUCCAGGGACCCGCAUGGGAGUUGCAUAGCCUGGGUCCUGCAGUAUAAGGAAAGUUUUGCUGGCAGCUGUGCUUAGGAGAAAGCACAUUCCUUUGAAACUAAGUGAGUGCUAGAUAAACAAGAGGAGUUCUCUAGCUUGCUGACGUUCAUUUUUAAUCAGUCUUGGUGCAUCACAGCAAAUCCGGGAGACUGGAAGAGUGAUUGCUUUGGAACAGUUCUGAAAAUGGCCAAGUGGAUGGCCAAGGAAAUGAUAGGUUGGGUAGCAUGAUACCAGUCCGGGGUAUAAAGUAGUUCCUGCUUGAAACCUGAUGUUAUGGAAAGUGUCUUGUACUUCCAAACAAGUCUGAUGUUGUCCUUUGAGAAGCUUACUGUUGGUUUAAAGAAAGAUCUGUAGGUGUUCUAUAUUUAGGUAUAUAAGACAGAUAACUCAGGGCAUGAGAACCCAAUUAAUAUGUAAUGCCAAAGAAUAUCAAUAAAAUACGAGUGGCUUAGGAAGUGAAGGUAGUGAUUGAUAGAGAGUCAGCAUCCAAUAAAUAAACUGAAGUGGCAGUAUAAACAGUAAGGAGGAUGAAGGAUACUCUAAGCUAAAGGACAGUAUUAGCAUGCUAAUAAAUCAACCAUUAGUGGAUUGACUUUAACAUGAAUGCAGAAAAUAGUUUUCCCAAAGAUCGAGGCCCUGGCAUUGCUGCCUGAGACGAGGGAGCAAAUAAUACAGCUAUUUUAAGCUAGAGCUUGAUCAUUUUACAGAAGAGUCUCUGCAACAUGAUAUGUGGAGACUGUGUUUUCAAAGAAGUAGACUCGAUGACCCUUCCCUUCAAAUGACGGGAAGAGAAAAGCCAAUUCUGCCUGACACUUACUCAAUGAUGCAGAAGAAAGCGUAACUCACAGCUGGCAAAAUGUGUAGAUGAAACAAGUUUUGUGAAUUGUAGCUAUUGAUAGGGGCAGGACAGAGAAACACGGUUUGUUUGGUAAAUGGACCCACUGAAACAAAAUCAUUUUCAUGCAGACAAGUGAAGAGUUAUGAACCUGGAAAGGCGUGUCCUGAAUGUGAUGUGCAGAGGGAGGGCUGUGUCCCAGAUGGGGGGCUCAGAAGGGGCAGGCAGGUUUGGGGAGCUUUCUGUGCCAGGUCUGUGCUGGAAAAGACGGCUGUGAUUUUGGACACACAAAUGGGGAGGUAAUGAAUCAGGGUGAUGAGGUAGUUUUAUGUCUGUAACCCUUACGUGUUUAUUUCAGAUGCAGUCUUGUAUCAGUGUGGCUUUCUGGUGCCAGCAUCUUAAAAUAAUGUAGAGAAAAUUGGAAGAGUUACACAGAAUGAUGAAAAUUAUUGGAAAGCUGAGAGGAUGCUGCAUGGGUACAUAUCCGGAGCUCUCCCAUGUAUGUGUUUUUAUUCAGUUCUUAUCACUAUUUCUAUCCAAACACCUUUCAGUAGUGCCUUAAGGAACUAGGCUUACACCUCCCACUUGGUUGUACUCUUAUUCUGUCCUUGGGGAGAAAAGCAUUGGUGGAGUAGCAUCUUGUUUUAGUACUGGGGUUUUGUGCCUGUUUAUUUUAACUUCAUAAAUGUAGGUAUAUAUUUACAUUGAAGAAGCCAAAGGCAAAGAAGUGCAACUGGCAGUUCUGACCAAAGAUGGUGAGGUUUGUUACAGCCAUUAACCUGGGAAGCAAUUCUUUCCAUUUGCUCAAAGCAGCGUCCCAACACGCUGGGAAUUGCAGCCUUUCCCACCAGGCUGCAGGGCCCUUUGGAAGAACUGCUGACUGGUGCCCAGAACUAGGGAGAUUCACAUAUAACUUAUCCGUGAUGGGGAUUAACAGUUGAAAUGAACUUCUGAUGAAGUACUGGCUUCUCAUACUGUGGCUAGACUCACAUGGAGAUUUUGUCCUGUUUGUAGGCAAAAGGUGAGGGCACAUGAUGUACAGAGGAUGAGGUUGACCUAAUUCUCCUUUCCAUCCUUAAACUAUGAAUCUGUGAGAUCAAUACAGAGAGCCAAAUACAGCAAAAAUUAGAAAUUUCUGGUUCAAGGGAAUUAUUUUUAAUGUGUUUUCAAAACACAAGUCAUUUGCUUACUCUUUCAGCUGCAGUCAAUAGCUGCCAAGGCUUGGUGGUAUACCACACUGUUUGGGAGGUUCAGGCUUCAUGGGAGCUUUACUUGGGUAGCAUCUUGCUGUACAAGUAUGUCCUUACUCAACACUUAAUGUAGAGAAGUUUCACCAAAUAAUAUCCAAUUAGCAGAGAUUUGUGCUGAUCCAUGAUGCUGCCUUCCUAUUCUUGGAUCAAGAAAGGGCAAAUGCUCUGAACUGCCUGUGAUGCAGAGUUUUGUGUCAAAUCAUCUACCUUGACUAGAAGCCACCAUAAGACAAACUUAAGUCUAGUUCAGGGAUUGUUUCAGGGGUUCUUUUCCUACUUCCCCUCUGGAAAACAUCACAGAAUCACACAGAAUGUUAGGGAUUGGAAGGGACCUCAAAAGAUCAUCCUGAAGUAGAUAAUGGCAGGUUUUGAUGCCGUGUUUUUUCCAAUGAACCAUGCAAGAGUGACAGUGUGAACACAUCUCUUAUCCAGUUGAAAUGACAGGAGGAGUUUCAGAUUGGCAAAUGGGAAUUUCCCUGUCCCCAGCAUUUUGGGGGUCGGGAUGACACCAGGAGCUUGGUGUUGUGGCACUCAGAUGCUGUUUGUUGUCUCAGUUACUGGUCUUGAGCAAGUUGUGGAAACCACUGGGAACUCUCAGCUGUAAAAUGAGUCUAAGUCUCAUGGUUUUGAAGCUUACUCUCCAAGCUUCUUCAGAAAGCUGCAGCAAAACUUGUGGUGCUUCCAGGUAUCUUUCCGGUAGUCCUGACCUUCAGCGUUUUGAGAAUGCGAAACUCAAAGAAAAUGUUUCAUACUUCUGGUGAAUUUGUGGCUACCAGCCGUAGUGGAGUAGUUGGCAAUGAUUUCAACAAGUCCUAGUCACAGCCCAGUCUCUGCUCAAAUCCUGCAUUGUCCGUGCCCUGUAAUUUUCACUAAUUAGGUUUGUAUUUGUGACUGGCCCAGCUUGUCUCCAGCUGUGCAGGCUGCAUUCAGCCCUGCUCUGCGGCUGUCGGGGAAGAGCCCUGGGCUUGCAUCAAGCGGGAGGCAGGUCAUCAGGUCUUGCCCUGCCACCAGCCUCUACCAUGCCAGGACAUGCCAGGCAGAGGACAGCUUUGCCCCUGGGAACAUUGUACUUCAGGGGGGAAGGUUAAACCAGUUCUGUGGUAACUGUGCAAGCAAAAGCAAUUUUCUCAGUGGAACAUGGGGUUAGUGUCCAUCUGUGGACAGCAGCCCUCCUCUGAGCAAACUGAUUCUUCCUUUUAUUUUGUGGGAUUGCUCGGUGUUUGUAUGGGGUGAAAACGUGAGCUGCGUAGCCAGCUGGUACUUCAUAAAGUGACCUGAAGUGGCUGGCGUGGCUGAGGACCUUGGUAAGUGAAUUUACCUCAGGGAAAACAGUCAGCCUGGGUCUCUUGUGGCUGUUUUUGGGGGGAGCUCAGAGCCUUGAAUGCUGUGCUUUAUUCCCCCUCCUCGGCUCAUCAGUAACCAACUGUUCUAGAUUACUAUUUCUGGUAAUAAUAUGCAACUGUAGAAAAAGCAUGUGAAUUCAAGUCCAUCUUUCACCAUGGGCCUGCACUUUAAAAUGUAGUACAAGCUAUGCAAGAUCUUUCUUAAAAGAAGAGGGGAUGACCUCCAGGAGGCCGACAGUGAGAAACUAAGUGAAGGAGCUGUGUGCUGAGGAGGGCAUGGAUUCCUAUAUGGCUGUUUCACAUGCAAGAAUGUCCCAAUCUGGGAAACGUGCCAGUAAAACGUAAAAUUAAAGCUCUGUUUGGAGACUGAUCCACACAGAUAAGAGUCUGUGGCUGUUAGCUAAUAACUGCAAGAAGGGCAGUGAUAAAGACGGCAUACUUGAGGACAGGAAUUCACAGGUUCGUUCAUGCUUAACCCCAUUUGGAUGUUUUUUUCCUGCAUUAGAGAUUAACAGCUUAGAUGUUCUUGUGUUUUCAACUUCCCUGAUUGUGAGAAACAUGAUAAAGCCACUGGAAAUCUUAACAUGUGUCAUACAGAAACAUGACAGGUCCUUUCCCACUUUGUAAAGAAAACAGGAGAGGCUGUGUGGCACUGCCUGUGAACCCAGGGGUUCCUCUUUGGAUUUGGAGCAGUCACGCUGGUGUCCAGGGCCUGCUGAGGGGCAUUGUGCCUCAUACUACGACUGCCUUUGCUGUCCAAAGGGCUUGAUGUUUUGUGCAAACAGCACCUGGAUCUUCACAGCAUCCUUCUCACCCUGGGAUUGUCCUGAUGACCACAGGGACACUCACAUGGGGGGCUGGGUGUCCUCUGGGAAUACCUUCAGCAGUAACCAAGGAGCCUGCUCUGCUUAUGAUUAUAUGGUGCUUCUCCACAUCAUCUGAAAUCUUCAGAGGAUCUUCAUAUUUAGAACAAACAUAACUAUAAAAAAUGACCAAAAAAAAAAAGAGUGAAAAGUGCAGAAUGUGAACUAGACUCUUGUAGUUGUGGAAAACUAAAGGGGGGGGAGAAAGGGCAAGAAAGAGAAACUAAUUGGCAAUCUAAUUAGGAAGAAUUAAAAGCAGCUUUAAAUACAUCAGAAACUAAGAGAGUCCUCUAGCUAGUGGAAAAACAAGAUGAUGGUAUCAGUUACAACAACAGCAUAAUGCUCUGUUGUAGUAGCUUGGGAAAUUACCAAACAGCAGCUACUACAGCAGUACAGCUCUAACUUUGCUGUUCUGGCUAACUUGCUUCCAUGGAACAGUGUAUGUAACAAGUUAGACUGAAAAAAAUGUUGUGUGUUAGUCAUAAACGAGUCAGCUAGGAUCAAGUCUAAUCUGAACAAACUAGAAUAUUAAGCUACCUGAAGUCUGGUGCUAGCUUCCAGUAAAAUAAUUCAAUAGCUGAUUGAGAUUGGAUUGAUCAUCAUUUAUAGGGAUGUUAAUCGUAAUAAUCAGUCUGUACAGAUUUUUUUUUUAAUAGGUCUUUUCUAACAUGGUGUGAUUUUUCUGAUGUUGCUGUAAUUUUGCUUGAUAAAGGUAAAAGUGUUGGUAUGUCUUGUUUAAUGCACUGGAGUUGUGGUACAGGUCAUGGGAAUAAGCAGCUAGAGUGAUUCAAUGUGCGACACAUUGUUGGGGAGGGUCCAGAGGAGGCCACCAAGAUGAUGAGAAGGAUGGAACACCUCUGCUAUGAGGACAGGCUGAGAGAGUUGGGGUUGUUCAGUCAGGAGAAGAGAAGGCUCCAGAGAGACCUUAUUGCAGCCUUUCAGUACUUAAAAGGGGCCUGUAAGAAAGAUGCAGAGAGACUUUUCAGCAUGGCCUGUUACAACAGGACAUGGGAUAAUGGUUUUAAACUAAAGAAGGAGAGAUUCAGUCUAGACAUGAGGAAGAAAUUUUUAACAAAGAGGGUCAUGAAACACUGGCCCAGGUAGUCCAGAGAGGUGGUGGAUGCCCCAUCCCUGGAAACAUCCAGGGCCAGGCUGUCUGGGGCUCUGAGCAACCUGAUCUAGUUGAAGAUGUCCCUGCUCAUUGCAGGGGGGUUGGACUAGAUGACCUUUGAAGGUCUCUUCCAACCCAAACUAUCCUAUGAAUAAACAAAAACAUGACUAAAUGAGAGGUCACAGUGUGACAACAAAAGGAGAGCCAUUGCUGGUAGUGUAUUUCUAGAAGUGUUAGUUGGGACCUGUUUUUUUUGCUUGAUGCUAAUCAAGAGAUAGGUGUUGGUCACUUCUCCCAAGUAAUAACUGAUGAGAGGAAACAGCCUCAAGUUGUGCCAGGGGAGGUUUAGAUUGGAUAUUAGGAAAAAUUUCUUCACUGAAAGGAUUAUAAAGCACUGGAAGAGGCUGCCCAGGGAAGUGGUUGAGUCACCAUCCCUAGAGCUGUUUAAAAGAAGCGUAGCUGUGGAACUCAGAGACAUGGUUUACUUAUGGCACCGUGGCACUGAACAUGAAACCCCAGCUGGGCAUGGUGGUCAGAAAGUAAAUGCCGUACUUGGACACAAACGUGGAAAUCCUGAGCAGGGACAGGAGGGGGUCUGUCUCGGUGCAAGGUGCUGCUCCUGUCUGCACACGAGUGCUGCAGCCGGUGCUGCGCAGGAAUGUUGCUGAUAAGUUGGAGGGAGUUCAGGGAGGACCGUGAGAGGGGAGCGCUGCAAAAUGUGCCAUGCAGUAAAAUGAGGAGCUCAGUGUGUAAAAUAAAAGCUGGAUUUCUUCUUGUGUUUUGUUUUGUUUUGUUUUUUUCUUGCCGGAGGUACACUGUAGUUUAACCAGGAGCUCACUGAAGGAAGCGCAGUGGUGGGCUUUGUGCAGGAGGUCAGACUGCACCAUCACAAGGUCUCAUUCUCCAGGAGGGAAGAGCGGGAAAGGAAAAGCCAUUGUCUCUUCAGAGACAGAUGUCUGCAUCUUUUCCUGCUGAGGCCUUGGGGGUUGUGGACAUUGAAACUCCAGGUGCCUUGUAUGCCAGGCUUCCCAAACAGAACAUGAGUGAAAACUUGAAGGACUGUUUGAUCCAGACCCAGGCUUCCCUAGGGGAAAUGGUGACGAUAAAAACAGAGGCUUGCUCUCCACGCCGGGAACAGGAGUAUGGACAGCCUUGCUCUGGAAGGCCUGACCCACCGUCCAUGGAGGUGGAGCCCAGGAAACUGAAAGGGAAACGGGAUUUGAUCAUGACCAAGAGCUUUCAGCAAGUGGAUUUCUGGUUCUGUGAGUCCUGCCAGGAGUACUUCGUAGAUGAGUGCCCGAACCAUGGCCCCCCAGUGUUCGUGUCUGACACCCCAGUACCCGUUGGCAUCCCUGACCGGGCAGCGCUGACCAUUCCACCUGGAAUGGAGGUGGUGAAGGAGCCCAACGGUGAGAACGACGUGCGCUGUAUGAACGAGGUGAUCCCCAAAGGUCACAUCUUCGGGCCGUACGAGGGGCAGAUCUCUAGCCAGGACAAGUCCGCAGGAUUCUUCUCGUGGCUGAUAGUUGAUAAGAACAACCGCUACAAAUCCAUCAAUGGGACGGAUGAAACCAAAGCAAACUGGAUGAGGUACGUGAUCAUCUCUCGGGAGGAGAGGGAGCAGAACCUGAUGGCCUUCCAGCACAGCGAGAGGAUUUACUUCCGUGCCUGCCGUGACAUCCACCCUGGGGAGAAGCUGCGGGUCUGGUACAGUGAGGAUUACAUGAAGCGGUUGCAUUGUAUGUCCCAGGAGACCAUCAACAGAAAUCUCACAAGCGGAGAUAAAAAGUUGCAGAGGGAAAAGUCAGAAAAGAAUGUGGAAAAUCAAGAAGAUGCAAGAGGGCCGCUCCAGCUCACCCCAUUAAAGCAAGGGAAGAGUCCCUAUAAGCGCAGCUGUGAUGAGGUGGAAUCCCAUUCACAAACAAAGAAAAAAAAGAUUGACCUCAUCUUCAAGGAUGUCCUGGAGGCUUCCUUGGAGUCCGCCAAAUUUGAAGAGAACCAGUUAGCAACGAGUACGCCGCAUUCCAUUAGAAAAGCAUCUAAAUACCAGGCUGAAGACAUCUUUGAGAGGUGUGGCAGUGCCAUGCAGGAUGGCUCCCUGAACCUCAGCAGAAUCCGGAGUGAGGGGGAAUGGAAAGUCCCCCACGGUUCCUCUUUCAGCUUAGCCAAAGAUGUGGGCAUCCUUGAAGAUGAGGAAGAAGAACCCCUGUCACUCAAAGCAGACAGCCCAACUGAGCUGUCACUGGCUUCUGCACAAGGUGACUCCCAUGAAAUCCCCACCACCUCCUUCUGCCCCAACUGCAUCCGGCUGAAGAAGAAGAUCCGGGAGCUGCAGGCCGAGUUAGACAUGCUGAGAUCUGGGAAGUUACCUGAGCCACCGGUGCUACCGCCCCAGGUACCUGAGCUCCAAGAGUUCUCGGACCCCACAGCUUCAGAAAGCAUCAUCUCAGUUCCCACCAUCAUGGAAGACGAUGACCAAGAGGUGGAUUCUGCGGAUGAGUCGGUGUCCAAUGACAUGAUUGCUGCUACAGACGAACCUUCCAAGAUGUCUUCUGCGACGGGCCGGAGGAUACGGCGGUUCAAGCAAGAGUGGCUUAAAAAGUUUUGGUUUCUGCGGUACUCCCCAACAUUGAAUGAAAUGUGGUGUCACGUCUGUAGGCAGUACACAGUGCAAUCCUCUCGGACUUCAGCCUUCAUCAUUGGCUCAAAGCAGUUCAAGAUACACACAAUAAAGCUUCACAGCCAGAGCAACCUCCACAAGAAGUGCCUGCAGCUUUACAAGCUCAGGAUGCACCCAGAGAAGACAGAAGAGAUGUGCCGAAAUAUGACCCUGCUCUUCAAUACAGCCUACCACUUGGCCCUGGAGGGAAGGCCCUACUAUGACUUUCGGCCUCUGGCAGAACUACUGAGAAAGUGUGAACUCAAGGUGGUGGAUCAAUAUAUGAAUGAGGGAGACUGCCAAAUCCUAAUCCACCAUAUCGCCCAGGCUCUUCGAGAGGACCUGGUUGAACGCAUCCGACAGUCUCCCUUCCUCAGCAUCAUUCUGGAUGGGCAGAGCGAUGACUUGCUUGCAGACACAGUUGCGGUUUAUGUCCAGUACACGAGCAGUGAUGGGCCUCCAGCAACUGAAUUCCUGUCUCUUCAGGAACUGGGCUUUUCUACAACAGAAAGUUACCUCCAAGCGUUAGACAGAGCUUUUUCCAGCCUGGGAAUACGACUGCAGGAUGAGAAGCCAACUAUUGGCUUGGGAGUUGAUGGUGCUAACAUUACUGCUAGCCUGAGAGCCAACUUGUUCAUGACAAUCAGAAAGACCUUGCCCUGGCUUCUCUGCCUGCCCUUUAUGGUGCACAGGCCUCACUUGGAAAUUUUGGAUGCUAUCAGUGGGAAGGAACUGCCGUGCCUGGAGGAGCUGGAAAACAAUUUGAAGCAACUGCUCAGUUUCUAUCGUUACUCUCCCCGACUCAUGUGCGAGUUGAGGGUCACUGCUGCCACUCUGUGUGAGGAGACUGAGUUCCUGGGAGACAUUCGAGCAGUGAAGUGGAUCAUUGGGGAGCAGAAUGUGCUCAAUGCUCUAAUCAAGGACUAUCUUGAGGUUGUGGCCCACCUCAAAGAUGUCAGUGGACAGACCCAACGGGCGGAUGCUUCCGCCAUUGCCUUGGCCCUCCUGCAGUUCUUGAUGGACUACCAGUCGAUUAAACUCAUCUACUUCCUGCUGGAUGUGAUUGCUGUGCUGUCACGCCUCGCCUACGUCUUCCAAGGGGAGUACCUUCUUGUGUCACAGGUGGACGAUAAAAUAGAGGAGGCCAUCCAGGAGAUCAGCCGGCUAGCAGACUCGCCUGGGGAGUACUUGCAGGAAUUUGAGGAAAACUUCCGUGAAAGCUUUAAUGGCAUUGCUGUGAAAAACCUACGGGUGGCUGAAGCCAAAUUCCAGUCGAUCAGAGAAAAGAUCUGCCAGAAGACCCAGGUGAUCCUAGCCCAAAGGUUUGAUUCCCGUAGCAGGACAUUUGUGAAGGCCUGCCAGGUAUUUGACCUUGCAGCCUGGCCCAGAAGCACUGAUGAGCUCAUGAGCUAUGGGAAGGAGGAUAUGGUACAAAUAUAUGAACACCUGGAGACGGUCCCAUCAUUUUCCAGAGAGGUUUGCAGAGAGGGGAUGGACACCCGAGGGAGUCUGCUGAUGGAGUGGCGAGAACUCAAGGUGGAUUAUUAUACCAAAAACGGUUUUAAAGACUUGCUCAGUCACAUUUGUAAAUACAAACAGAGAUUCCCCCUCCUAAAUAAAAUAGUUCAGAUCCUCAAGGUCCUUCCCACCUCAUCAGCCUGCUGUGAGAAGGGGCGCACCGCCCUGCAAAGAGUGCGCAAAAACAACCGCUCCCGACUCACGCUGGAGCAGCUCAGUGAUCUUUUGACAAUUGCCGUGAACGGGCCACCCAUUGCCAACUUUGAUUGCAAGAGAGCACUAGAUAGUUGGUUCGAAGAGAAGUCAGGCAAUAGUUACGCACUGUCAGCAGAAAUGCUGAGCAGGAUGUCGUCUCUUGAUCAGAAGCCAAUGUUGCAGAGCAUGGACCAUGGCUCUGAGUUCUACCCAGAUAUUUAGGAAGGAAUGCCUCAGAUCAGAAAGCUGUUGAAUAAUUUUUUUAAAUCUAUACUCUAAACUUUGAUAUAUUAUAUAAAAUAUAUAUAUAUAUAUUAUAUAUAUUAAGGAAAAACCCACACUGAAAAUUUAAAAGUUAAGACGAUGUGCGUCUGAUAGAAGCUAAGCAGAAUUUUAAAGAUUGAGACAAUAUUUAGACAUUCACUGGUGUCUCCAACCAUGGCAGCUGCAGUGUAGGUGGCAACAUUUUGUUCUUUAGAAGCAUGUGCUGGGGCCAUACUCUACAUGUUCAAACCUAAUGAUCUAUAAGCUAGACGACGGGUCUUUGUCAGCCUCAUCCUCCCGGCGGUUUCCUUUGAAUGUGUGUUGUUGGUCUGUUGGGUUGUUUUCUGUGUUGUUUUGUUUUGGGGUUGUUUGUUUGUUGGUUGGUUUUUAUUAUUUUCUUUUUCCCUCAGUUUUAAUCUCUGCCUCUCUUUCCAUUGUUCAGUCCAGUUAUUGAGCCAUUUGAACCUUUUGUUGACGACCGUCACAUUUCUGAUUCCCGACAGAGCAUCCCGUGCGUUUCUGUUGCCCCUGUCUCUCCAGCUCUACCCAGUUUCCUUUGCUCAAGUGGGGGUUUUCUUCACUCACAGAGCUUACUGGCAGGAGGGGAGGGCUGGGGCAUGAUUUUGGGGUUUUCUUCUGAUUUAGAAACAAAUGCCUCCACUAAACUGUGAUGCCCCUUUUCUCAGUUCUCCUUACUUCUGGGCUGUAGAGUAAUACUUGGCUUUCAGCUCCUUUUAUGAUAACCGUAGUACCAGUCUAUCAUCCAUAUAUUGUAACAUGAUGUCAUGUGCAGACUAUAAAAUAGCAAAAUAGAGAAGGCAGGGGGAAAUUUUUGCAUUUAUAUUUUUAUAUUGUAGGAGAUAAAUAUAUAUAUAUAUAUAUAUAUACAACUAUUCAUUCAAAACCAGGGCUGCUGUGGAAGCUAGACAGCCAAUGAGUCAAGAGCCCUCUCUGGGUGGAGAUUCAAAGGCUUAAAAAAUUAUAUUCUAAUUUACAUUAUUUAUACUAUGUCUUUAUAAUCCUAGAUUGUUGUGGGUUUUUUGUUUUGUUUUGUUUUGAUUGGAAUGACUGAAAAAAAAAAAAACCUGCUGCGGUUUGGUGGCAGGAGCUAUCAAUGCAAGAUUAUCUUGGAUUUUAUUCAUGUGAUGAUGUCCUAUAAAGGUUCAUGUAUUCUCUUCUGACCAAGGUAACAUGUUCCACAGCACAGCAGACUGAUGACAGCAGGAAGAAGGGAUGCUUGGCUUCUUCCUGCAAAAUAUUUCUUCCUUUCUUGAAGGGAUGUGGAGUCCAGCUGACAUGUGAAUGGGGGACUUGCACCUUCCAUCACAAAGAGAUUGUUCUGUGGGCUUGGGGUUCUUCUUUGUUUUAUUCUUUUAAAGUAAAUGAGCUCCAGCCAUUCACACAAUAUCACUUCAGGUUAGAAAAAAAAAAAAAAAAAAGGCAACCAAAAAAAAACAAAAACAAAAACAAAAACGCAAAAAAAGGUGCAAAAACUCCACAGAUGCUAGUGCCUUGCCCCGCUGAUGUGGCAUGGACAGCACCAACCUGACCAGACCAUCGUGGAAGUGAGAACCUGUUGUCCAGAAGGUAUCUGAGCCAACAUGUUCUAACUUCUCAGAGGGACGAGCUUUGUGCCAAGCUGUGUUGUUUGGAAACAUGAUGGUGGUAUCAGCAACACUGAACCUUUCCUUUCUCCUGUUAUACCCUUGCCCUUGGUCUUGGUGCUAAGAUAUCUCUAGAACCGUUGCUGCUAGUUGAUAGCUUUUCAUUUAUAUAAAUAUAUAUAUAUAUAAUAUUA